ACCGCCCUCUCAAUGAAUGAGGAAGUUAGUUAGCUGCUAGCAUAGUAUGCUAAUGGAGUUCUGAUUAUUUUUGUUAUUGUAAAUAAAAGGUUUCAGAAGACAUAUAUCACCUUUCCAUUAGUGCGAGGAUACUUUACUUUUGGACGGAAUUACUGUUUCAACGGGGAACCCGUUUUCCGAGUAUGAAACAACCGAAUGUAUGAGUUAGCGCGUGGGUAUGUUUACAAAACAGGUGAAGCUCCCCAUCCGAAAGUUAGCUAGGCGAUCUAGCUAGCUAUAUCAAGCCAAUUAGCUAUCCAAAUAGCACAACGGGAAGUAAAAUGUGUUGGAUAAUGCCAUAGUAAAUAUAUUUUACCAAUCUAGAUUUACAAAUCUGGGUACAGUAAAUUGCUGAAGUUGUAGAUGAAGUUAUAGCUAAAAAGCUAAAUUAGCUUGCGAAUGUUUUGGCGCAACCUUAAGGUUCCCCACGCGCAGAACUGUGAUUACACUGAAGAAGAUAAAGUAUGUAAAUUAUAUAAAUAGUCUCUAAAAACACUACGAAUGGGAAAGCACAUGAUAUUCUUGUUAUGACGACAUUGUGUGCACCUGUUGACGUCGUCACAUUAUACCUAUACACUAGCUAUAACUAACGUUAUAGUCUAGCUAAAUAAAUUGUGGGUUUGUCAACAUGGCAAGUGCCUUAGCAGCUAAAAUGGGACUCAACUCAUUGAGAAGAAAACAAGCCAAGAACUUCAAUGUCAGGAUCACCACAAUGGAUGCAGACAUGGAAUUCAGUUGUGAGGUCAAAUGGAAGGGAAAAGAUCUUUUUGAUCUGGUGUGCCGGGCUCUGGGACUGAGAGAGACGUGGUUCUUCGGGUUCCAGUAUGAUGUCAAAGACACUGUAGCCUGGAUCAAGAUGGACAAGAAGGUUUUGGACCACGAUGUGUCCAAGGAGGAACCAAUCACCKUUAAUUUCCUGGCCAAGUUUUACCCUGAGAACGCAGAGGAGGAGUUGGUUCAGGACAUCACUCAGCAUCUCUUCUUCCUACAGGUGAAGAAUAAGAUCCUGGAAGAGGAGAUCUACUGCCCUCCUGAAGCCUCGGUGCUGCUGGCCUCCUAUGCCGUCCAGGCCAAGUAUGGAGACUAUGACCCCAAUGUCCACAAACUAGGCUUUCUGGCUCAAGAGGAACUCUUACCAAAGAGGGUGAUCAACCUUUACCAAAUGACAGCAGAGAUGUGGGAGGAGAGAAUCACUUCUUGUUAUGCUGAGCAUAGAGGGAGGACAAGGGAAGAUGCUGAGAUGGAGUACUUAAAAAUAGCUCAAGACCUGGAGAUGUACGGCAUCAAUUACUUUCCCAUCAGGAACAAGAAGGGAACAGAUCUCCUGCUGGGAGUGGAUGCCUUGGGUCUACAUAUCUACGAUCCAGACAACAAGUUAACCCCCAAAUGUUCCUUCCCCUGGAAUGAGAUUCGCAACAUCUCCUACAGCGACAGAGAGUUCGCCAUAAAGCCUCUGGACAAGAAAACAGACGUGUUCAAGUUCAACUCCUCCAAGUUGAGGGUUAACAAGUUGAUCCUGCAGCUGUGCAUGGGGAACCAUGACCUGUUCAUGCGGAGGAGGAGGGUGGACUCUCUAGAGGUGCAACAGAUGAAGGCCCAGGCCCGAGAGGAGAGGGCCAGGAAACGGGUGGAGAGGCAGCGGUUAGAGAGGGAGAAGCACCUGAGAGAGGUAGCAGAGAGAGCCAGGGACGAUCUGGAAAGGAGACUGAUACAGCUACAGGAUGAAGCCCACAUGGCCAAUGACGCUCUGCUUCGUUCUGAGGAGACAGCAGAUCUCCUGGCUGAGAAGGCCCAGAUAGCUGAAGAGGAAGCGACGCUGCUGUCCCAGAAGGCUAGUGAGGCCGAGGCCGAAAUGCAGCGUAUCAAGGUGACAGCCAUCCGCUCAGAGGAGGAGAGGAGAAUGAUGGAGCAGAAGAUGCUGGAGGCGGAGAUGAUGGCACUCAAGAUGGCUGAUGAGUCAGAGAGGAGGGCAAUGGAGGCUGACCAGCUGAAGCAGGACUUGCAGGAAGCCAGGGACUCUGAAAGGAGGGCCAAACACAAGCUGCUAGAGAUCACCAGCAAGUCUACCUACUCGCCCUCGGCCGUCCCAGGUGAUGCGAUGCCUCCAGACCUGAGCUUCAGCAGAGAGAACCUGAGCUUCGACUUCAAAGACACAGACAUGAAGCGCCUCUCCAUGGAAAUCGAGAAGGAGAAGGUGGAGUACAUGGAGAAGAGUAAGCACCUUCAAGAGCAGCUGAAUGAGCUGAAGACAGAGAUAGAGUCUCUGAAGCUGAAGGAGCGAGAAACGCCUCUGGAUAUACUCCACAACGAGAACACUGAGAAGGGCACCAGCAAGCACAGCAACUUCAAAAAGCUAACUCUACAGAGCACCAAGACCAGAGUGGCUUACUUUGAAGAACUAUAGAUGUCACAGUGGAGGUGUGUGUGCGUGCUUGACUGUG